AUCUGCAGUCACCUCGCAAGCCGCAAAGCCCGUGUUGUAUGGUUGCAUGGACCAAGCGACGUGGGCAAGACACAGCUAGCCUGCAGCGCGGCCCACGCCUUGCAGCUCACGCGUAUCUUUGCGCGCGGGAUCACAUUCAUCAGCGUUGAAGAUAUCGAUGAGACGUGCCCUGGGGUCGCAAACGACGCUGGCCUCGAUGAGCUCAAGCUCCAAGUCGACACUUGGCUCGCGGCAACCGCCGACCGGUCGUCGGAGCCCCAAGCCGCGACGCUGAUCCUGCUCGAUGGCGUCGAUGCGCUCGUCGCUUCGCGUCCAUUUGUUACGUGGCUGGACGACCUUUGCAUUGACAAGCAGUACGUCCAGCUUUUGGUCACGUCCCGCGCUGUUGCUUGGCACAUCGACGAGCUCGAAGCCCCCCACCACAAAAUCGAAAUUACUCCCCACACGGCGUUGGCGCCAAGCACACGGCACCAGCACCGCCGCCGCAUUCAAGCCCGCGACUACGAUGCGCAACGGCAUUUUGAGGAGUCCUGGCACACCACCAGCAUGCGUGUAUGA